AUGACAGCAGGCAGAGACGCAGUGGGCAGCCUCCUUCCUCGAGCGCCUGAAGCCUUCUCUCCCCCCCACCCCCCGGGCCAGUGCUGGCUGCACAAAAACUGGAACAAUACUGAGAACCAGAGAGCCGCCCUGCCCUUCCUCCGCUCGGCUCGCCUCGCAGGCAGCCUCCCCUCCAGCGCCGCCCGGCACCCGCCAGGGCUCCCCCUUCCCGUCCUUCGCCCGCCCAAGGCUAGCGCGACGCUCUUGCCCGCGGCGGCCGCCUCCUGCCUGCCCUCCCCGGAGCGCUCGCCGGCGGGCUCAGCCCCUGCGCCGCUGCGCGCAUCCAUCCAGAGCGCCGCUCGGCCGCCCCCUCGGGCGUCCUUUCUGGGCGCGGAGAGGGAAGCCGCCUCUGCCGCAUCGCCUCGCCCGCCUGCCCGCCCGCCUCCCUCCCGGGGCCCCAAUGCAACCCGAUGCGUCCCCGGUGAGCUUCUCUUGUGCUACAUUGUGUCCGCGCCUCCGCCGGCCGCCUCCACCCACCGGCCCGCCCGACCGCCAGCGCAUCAUGUGAUCCGGGAUAUUAACACAUUUGGAAGCAGAAUGCUAAUGCUGGAUGGGAUGCCUGCAGUCAGAGUCAAAACAGAGCUGCUGGAAUCAGAACAAGGGUCUCCAAGCUCCCACAGUUACCCAGAUAUGGAAGCUGUACCCCUGUUGCUGAACAGCAUGAAGGCAGAUCCGGAAGAGGAUUCCUUGUCCACAGACCAUUUCCAAACACAAACUGAGCCAGUGGACUUGUCGAUAAACAAAGCUCGGUCGUCUCCUAUUGCUGCUUCGUCUUCACCAGUGUCCAUCACUGCGUCAGCGUCGUCCCCUUCCUCUACUUCAACGUCUUCUAGUCGACCAGCAUCGUCGCCAACAGUAAUAACGUCAGUAUCUUCAGCAGCCUCCGCCCCAUCAGUAUUAACUCCAGGCCCACUUGUGGCAUCCGCAUCGGGCGUUGGAGGGCAGCAGUUUUUGCACAUAAUCCAUCCAGUUCCACCGUCUAGCCCCAUGAACCUUCAGACCAACAAAAUGAGUCACGUACACCGCAUUCCAGUGGUGGUCCAGUCAGUACCUGUAGUCUACACAGCUGUGAGAUCACCAGGGAAUGUGAAUAACACUAUAGUAGUACCGUUAUUGGAGGAUGGGAGAAGUCAUGUCAAAGCACAAAUGGACCCGCGUGGCCUGUCUCCCAGGCAAAUUAAAAGCGACAGUGAUGAUGAUGACUUGCCAAAUGUGACCUUGGAUAGUGUUAAUGAAACUGGAUCCACCGCCCUGUCUAUAGCCAGAGCUGUGCAAGAAGAGAGCAUGUGGGGCUGUGCCAGGUCAGCUGUUAACACUUUUCGUUUUUUCAACUCCAGUUCAAUUUCACCAUUCAGCAUUGAGAGCACAAGACGCCAGAGAAGGUCUGAGUCACCUGACUCGAGAAAGCGCCGCAUCCACAGGUGCGACUUUGAGGGAUGCAACAAGGUGUACACAAAAAGUUCCCACCUGAAGGCUCACCGGAGGACGCACACAGGGGAAAAACCGUACAAGUGUACCUGGGAAGGCUGCACCUGGAAGUUUGCUCGUUCUGAUGAACUGACAAGGCACUACCGCAAACAUACGGGAGUGAAGCCGUUCAAGUGCGCGGACUGUGACCGUAGCUUUUCCCGUUCGGAUCACUUGGCAUUGCACCGCCGGAGGCACAUGCUUGUCUGAAAAAAAUGCUACCUUGUCAAACAAAAUGGAAGUAUCAAGAGCUGGGUCUCUUUUAACUACAUUGCAUUCAGCAGGACUGAAUCCCGUUUUGACGGCAUUAGCACAACAGGGGGCGUUCUGUGUUGUCCCUUACACAACAAAAGCAGGAAAUGCUGUGCCACUCUUCUCCCUCCCAUCUGAAGUUGGCUUCCUAGCAUGGGCAAAGUUAACCUCUUCAACUGGGAGAGAAUAGCCCUAAAAUGCCACAAGGUUGGGCAUUGUUUUCCACCCCAUGUCCUUUUAAAAGUAUUUAUGGUGUGCACCUUUUCGGAACCAUCACACUUUUCUUCUCCUAACACAUUACUGCUCUCACAACGACCGGAUGUCACAAACUUCUGAAACGAACAAGCCCUCUGGACUGCCGCUGCUUCUACUUUUUAAAAAUUUUAAUUACGAUCAGAACACGUGCAGAAUAUCACCAUAUACCCCUGAUUGUUGAGCAAUUAACAAUCACCAAAGCCAGUAUAUACAGUCUGGGAAGAGGAGGGGUUACAAACUUGAGCUCUUUCAAGUGAAGGGAUUCCUCGGCACACAUAUGCAAUAAACGGUGGUGGUAUUUUUCACAUGUACCCCUUCGUCAAAGAGGCCACUAAAAGGUUUACUCCCCCCCCCUUUUUUUAAAUCUUCCCCCCUUUAUUCUUUUUUUCUUGGAAUCUAUCAAACAGGCACCAGUAACAUUACGGUGUGAAAUAACCCUCUUUACAUCUACUUGCUUAAUUUUGAAUAGGAAGGACUCUUAAAAAUAUACUGUCCCGUGCAUAGAAGAACCAAUAUUGGCCCGAACCCACCAACUCUAGGCAUAUUUGUCUGAAAGUAAGAGCUGGUUCACACAUGCCUAUUCAUCGCUGGGUUCCUCAGCUGUUGUUGACUGGCAGCUGAAUGUAGGAAUGAUUGAAAAUGCUGAGUUUAAGGCAGGGUUAGGUGAUAAAACUUUACGAUCUGUGCUACUUGCAAUGGCUCGUUCACACAUGGUAGAUCAGUUGACCUUAUUAUUAAUUAAUUAAACUUAAUUAAUGAGCAUGUUAUGAGCAUGAAUGUGUGAAGUGACCCCUCUGUCUCCCUGGGGAACUCAAUUCUAAUGUAAGUAUGCUUACACUGAAAUACUAAGCAGUGUUACUCCAAUCUAAGCCCAUUGGACUUAGACUGGAGUAACUCUGCUUAAGAUUUCACUGUUAGUCUAAGAGUUAAGCCUAAGCUGGAGCACAGGGGAAUGAACUACUCUUCCUUGAUUUCAUGAAGUCUCAAAGCACUGGCCAUUUGCUAAAGACAGAAGCCUCAGUUUACCUAAAGUUAAGUGUGGCUGCAUCAACUUGGAACCUUGGUGGUUGUGAAAAGAAUCUUCUCUUAGUUUCCAUAGGACUUACAGUGCCAUCCAAAACAGGUCUACUCAGAAUCCCACUCAAGUCUACUCAGUGGGACUUAGUUCCAGGAAAGCACACUGCUAGGGUGCAUCCAUGCUUUGUUGGAUGGUCACCCACAAGAAGCUGCCUUAUAAUGAAUUAAUCCAUCAAAGUCAGUAUUGCUUACUCUCCAGGGUCUCAAGUAGAGGUCUUUCCCAUCGCCUACUGCCUGGUCCUUUUAACUGGAGGUGCCAGGGAUUGAACCAGGGACCUUCUGCAUGCAAAGUAGAGGCUGUUCUAUUGAGCCACAGCCAUUGCUUUAUAGCAGUCAUUCACCUCCUUGAUUGUCUUGUCUGCACAGGAAAUCCCACUUGCAAAUGAUUGCUCUAAUAUCCAACCAUGUGAGGCACCGCUUAAGCAAUGGCCGUUUUCACACGCCUUAACCGCCAUGCAAAAUCGCGCAAAGCUCACAGAACGACGGCAUCUUCAUGUCAUGAUUUCCCAUCACGAUUCCAUUUCGUGGCUUAAUUUCUGACGUCACACACCACGAAACGGAGUCAUGAUGGAGAAUCGCGCCACGAAGACGCCAUCUUUGCAUGAGUUUUGCGCUAUUUUGCAUGGCGGUUAAGACGUGAAAACGGCCAUCGACUCACUGGAACUGGAUGGCUGCUCAAAUGACCCUGGCAAGGAAGUGCAGAAAUCUGUGGAGUGAGUGACUGCUCAGAGCGAAAGAGCUGAUGGCCAUGGUUAUCAAGGAGUGGUUACUUUAAAAAAAAAAAGCAACAGAUGGCAAACAUUUGAGCUCUAAUAAAUAAUUAUUUUUGAAAGAAGUAACCAGCAUGGGUUGGUUUUGCCUGGAAGUUCUCAAAAGAAUAGUCUGUCCUUGCUGAGUUUUUCAAGCAUUUAGUAGGUAAUGAUAGCUGGCUAGAGGACAGACCUGGCCUUGCUUUCAGAUGUUUACUAUCAUGAUAGGAACCAUAAAUAACUUUUGGGCAGUUAGGAAAUGGCCCUAACUCCCCAUUCCCCCUAUCCUUUCAUUCUCCUUUUUUUUAGGGAUUAGAUAUUCACACUUACCAAUGUACAUGUUGUAUCGUAAUCAUAGCGUGGCAGGAGCCUGUUUAAGCCCAUGCCAGUUACUACGUGUUGCCAGUUGAUCGACUCUUAUCUUCAUUGUUUCAUGGUUUACUAAUCUGUAGCUGGAGAAGUCUGACAGUUGAGGGAAGGAAGAGGGUCAUGAGAAUUUGGAUCAGCAGGUUAGUUGUAAAAUUGAAUUGUAAAACAGUGAUAGGCCAGUUCUGUAUGAAUGGUGUAGUAACAGUCUGUGCAAGCCAUUGACCCCUUUGAAUCAAAGUUGGAUUCCAAGUAAUUCCCAUAUAGUUCUAUAAUUAUUAACCAAUUUGAGUGUGCCAUGCCAGAGCUCUUCGUCACCUCAGAUGUCUAAAAUUCUCAGCUGGCAAAGGAUUUGUCAUCUAUCCUAAUGUGUUGGGAGUUGUUUCUUGAAGAUGAGAUACCACAAAAAGCCCAAAUCAAAGGGCACUAGUUGCACGGCCACAAAAAUUGCAAUCAUUUUACACAAGUCACUCCAAAGUAGGGUAUAUGCAGGAUCCAAAUUCCUUACGGAUGUCUGCAAAAACAAAUGGGCAUGAUCUAGUCGCACUGAAAACACUUGGAAAUUCCACUGAUAUUAGUGGGAAGAGUUAAGCACAUGCUUAACAUUCUCCCAUUUAAAUCCAUUUUAAAAUAGCUCAUCUGUGGCUGGAUCAUGUCCAACAUUUACAAGAUACACAUUGGUGCAUCAAUUGGUCAACCCUUCGUCAUCAUUCAUAAGCAAAAAUAUAUCAAAGGGUUGAAUCCAAAGAACUCAAGGCACUGAUGCAAAGGGAGAAGGUAAUUCUCAGUACAUCCCACACUAUUUCUGAGGGGGGGGGCCCAAUUCCCAGAAGUUGCUUUUCAGGGAGAUCAGGCCACAGAGGGAAGGAAAAAG